CUGCAGUGCCUCGUCGCACGCCGGCGGAGAUGACCGUGUCAUUGGUAUACGUCAUACGAAUAUCAUUCGUGAGUGUCGACACGUGUUUGUUUAAAUGUGUGUAUACGUGAAGUGUUUGUGAGAAAUUUUCUAUAGAUUUAGUUUAGCCUGCCGAAUGAUGUCGAGAAUCGAUCAAAAUCAAACUGUGAUGGCCAGUUGGCGUUAAAUUUAUACCUAGUUUAAGUGCUUCGAACAAAACAUAAUCCAAUAAUCGUGCGCCUUAUUAUAACAAACGACUUAGACUUACCUAGAAGGACCAAAUGUAGAAAUUUUGUAAUCUGUUUUACCCUAGUGUACGAACGCCUUAAUUUUGUAUCAAGUGCAAAAAGUUUUUUCGUCGUUCGAAAAAAGUAAACGUCAAUUUGACAGCUCGGGUGUUUUUUGAAGAUUUGUAUUUGGAACGUGAUGCAACGAUAUGUGUAAAGAGUUUUUAUAGGUGUUUUUGUAAGUGAAAGUGUUAAGCAUGGAGCGGUGCGACGGAUUCCUCGUGUACAGGAAGCCGGUCUACAGGGUGUUCCAGUAUUUGGAAACCCAUGAGCCGGAGGGCGGCGGGCGGUGUGAAGGGCCGCUAGGUCGCGCCAUGCAACCUUCACAGGGCGGCUCGCCCAAGCGGCAGGCGCCUGCGCAGACCCACGGUGCUGCGUCGGACCCCAGCACGCUGAAGGUGCACCUGCCGAAGGGCGGGUUCAACCUGGUGCGGGUGUCGGCGGAGGAGGAUGUCCGCUCCGUCAUCAGGUGUCUGGCGGCGCGACUGGCGUCUGGCGACCGGGUGUAUGCGUCGUGCUUCGCGCUGCGGUCUCGCCGCCUUACCACCGGCAAGAUACGAUGGAUACACCAAGACACACCUGUGUCGGAGCUGUUAACAAAAUGGCCGGCGAGCGAGUGGCGGCUUGAGCUACGCGUGCGAUAUCUGCCAGCCAACCUUCGGGACCUCUGCGACUCUGAUCGGGUCACAUUCCAUUAUUACUAUGAUCAGGUGCGCCAUGACUACCUCAACGCUAACCACCCGAUGGUCGACCAGGAUCUAGCGAUACAGAUAUGUUGUCUGGAGAUCAAAUACUUCUGCAAUGAUAAACAAAUAUCUCUGGACAAGAAGUCGAACAUUGAAUACCUGGAGAAGGAGUUCGGCCUCCACAAGUUCCUGCCAAAGUCCGUCUUGGAUGCUAUAAAACCAAAGGUGCUCAAGAAAGCUAUACAGCAGCAGUUCAAAAAGGUAGCAAAUCUGAGCGACACGGAGUGCAUGCUCAAAUACUUGGAGACGAUGCACACGCACUACGGGUACGAUCGCGAAACGUUCACGGGUGCGCUCGGAACCGGCUGGGCGAUACCCGUCGAGUUAGCGAUAGGACCUGACAUUGAUAUAUCGUACGUAUCGCACAAGGCGGGCGAGAUUACCUACACGAAGAUCGCUUCGUUCAGCGACAUCGUGGCCGUACAGACCCUUAACUCCAGCUGCUCCCAGCAGUCGCAGUCACAGAGCAGUUCGUGUGGUAAGGCAGCUCUUCAGCUCAGGGUAAAGGGAGCCAGUGAGACGCUAACGAUCACGUGCAGCAGUGUUGAGGCUGCAGAAAGCUUAGCGGAUCUGGUGGACGGAUACUGCAGAUUGGUCACCGACUCGCAGACGUCGCUGUGGAACAGAACUACCACUGUUUGGAAACAACUCAACUGCCAGUGCAAAACGGAAAUGAGCAGCAGUUCGUCGGAAGGUAAGACGAGUUCCUGGGAGGGCAACACGGCGACCCUGCUCUCAGAGGACUACGCGGAAAUUGUUGACGACGACGCUGACUAUUCUACUCCCGCGGUUCGCGACUACGAGUUGGUCCGUAAUCAAAUAGAACUAACGGGCAUCAUCGGUGAAGGACAGUUUGGUGAUGUACACAAAGGUACGUGUAAAGUGACGUCAGCAAACCAUCCCUCAUUGCGGCGUCAGCUCGCGCUCCAGAAACAGCAGGGCAAGUCCUCCAACGGCGAGUACGUGUUACCCGUGGCGGUGAAGACCUGCAAGAUGGACGCCGACCUGGACACCGCCGAGAAGUUUCUAGAAGAAGCAUAUAUAAUGCAGCAGUUCUCCCACCCGCACAUCAUUGGUCUGGUGGGCGUGUGCAGUUCCCCACCGAUAUGGAUCGUGAUGGAGCUAGCGACCCUCGGCGAGAUGAGAGCGUACUUACAGCAAAAUGCACACAGGUUAGAAACGUGUACACUAGUGUUGUACAUCUAUCAGCUUUCGACAGCACUAAGUUACCUGGAGAGCAAAAAGUUUGUGCACAGGGAUAUCGCUGCCAGAAACGUUCUCGUCUCCACACCUACUUGUGUUAAGUUAGCAGAUUUCGGUCUAUCAAAGAUGGUAGAGGACAAAUCUUACUACAAGGCGUCCCGGGGGAAACUGCCGAUUAAAUGGAUGGCACCAGAGUCUAUCAACUUUAGACGGUUCACAUCUGCCUCGGAUGUCUGGAUGUUCGGCGUGUGCAUGUGGGAGAUACUGAUGCUAGGCGUGAAGCCGUUCAGUGGAGUGAAAAACAACGAUGUUAUCGGGAAACUGGAGAACGGAGAACGGUUAGCACUCCCGCCUCGGUGUCCACCGCGACUCUAUUCACUCAUGUCGCGCUGCUGGUCCUACGAGCCGUCCCAGCGGCCCACUGCCAGCCACCUCAAGGAGACUCUUUUUGAGAUACUCCAGGAAGAGCGCAGUACAGCGUGGGACACCAUGCGGCGAGAAAACCGGCGCGUUGCGGCUGCGUCGUGGGGCGAACAGGCCCCGCCCAAACCAUGUCGCCCCGCCGCCGACAGGCCCGCGCCGAUGGAUGCAACAACUGGUAGCUCGGGCGGUCCACAGACAUACAUAGUGGCACAGAACCCGCUCGUGCUAGCGCACUUGCUGCGAGAGAACCAGACCCGGGCCAUCCACCCUCAGGCCUACGUCACGCCCGCCUCGGUAUUCAACACUGUCGCCGUAGACUUCGCGCAAACUCUACCGGAGAACAUCGACAUCGCGAACCCCAAACCGGAUGAGAUCAUCGACAUCCCCCUCCAGACCGCACCCAUCCCGGCUGACAAGCUGCACAAGCUCGACCCGGUCGUUCCCGAUGAGAUCACCGUUGUGGUUGCGGAGGGUUGUGAUAAUCUCUGCCAGAAUAUACCCUCGCCGAAAACAUCGCCAAAAGAAUCCGCGGAAACAUAUCCAAGUCGCGUCCGUUCUUUGGAAAGAGCUCCUCGAUCUCCAUCUAACGAACGUGGUCCCAUCCGUAUGGGAUCUCUAGAACGGAAUGCUAGAGGAUCUGCUAGGGGGUCCCCAGUCCCUAUAGCCCCCUUCACCAGACAACAUUCCGUUCCGGCCUCCCCUCCUCGCCCUCGUAGAGAUCGUGAUGUAGGCCAGUUUUCAGUCCAGGGUUCUUUGAAUGCCCAACUUGCCGCAAGCGUCAUGAAUAAAAUGCGACAACAGCCUGAACCGCCCCUUGUUGAAGAAAUCUACGACUUUGGAGGGGACAAUGUCAAAAGUUGCGUGGCUAUAGCGGCGCAUAAAGCCCUGAAACCUCAAUACCGAGCUAUAUCCAUGGCAGCAUCACACCCGUCUUCAUAUGGAGUACCUGUUGGGGUUGUCCAAGGGGUACCGUACCAGAAGCCUGGUCAAGUCAAGUCUAGUCAUUAUCGUUCAGCGAGUCCAUCACAAGGUUUUUCUCCUUCUUCUCCUCAAGGCUGUAAUGCAGCCCAAGCUUAUCCUUCGCCACAGGGCUCCUCUGGUGUGUCCCAAUCUCAACCAUACACUCAAAACGUAGUACAAGGCGCUCGGCCUGUGUCAUACAAGCCUCAAGUGUCUUUUUCGCAAGCAAUGGGACGCAUGUCUCCGAGCUUUCAGGGCUCUAGACCUCAGAUUGGUUGUACGUCGGUACAGAGUGGGACUCGGCAGGAUGGUCCCCCCACAAGCCCACCCGUUAUCUCCUCUACAGGUCCCUCCGCUCAAGACCUCCCCAUGCCGCAAAACCUCCAGAGUCCGGAAUUUGAUACCGAACAAGCUGUGGAGAGGCGGCUUCUGGCAGAACUGGCGAGACAGCAACAUCAGAGCGAAGAGGACAGAAGAUGGUUGCAAAUGCAAGAAGAUAACUUGAAACGACUGUCGAAUGUUCAGCUUAUCUCGUCAAGUACAGAGGAGCCAGGUCAGGACAACAAGACAGAACCCCCGUCCUCCCACGACAAACCUUCUAGUCAAUCCAAUUCAGUAACAAACUCAUCAGAAACCAGCCCAGCUAAUACAGUUAAUCCCAAAGAAACGAGGCCUGGUGAGGACAAGUGCGGGGGCCGGGGCGCGGGUCGCGACCGCUCGGAGCCCGUGUACGCGGCCACCACGGCCGUGGUCCGCUGCGUCAUGCGCCUGGCGCACGCCGCGCACGCGGGUGCUUCGCCCCCCGCCGUACUGGACUCCGUGCGGGCCGUGGGCGCCGCGCUGCGGGACCUGUGCGCCUCCGUGGACGGCCUGCUGCCGCACUAUCCCGCCGCCACGCACAGGGAGGUGGAGAUGGCUCAUCAGGUGCUGAGCAAAGAUAUGGCAGGUCUGGUGGAAGCAAUGAGACUGGCCAUCCACUACCACAACACCACGCUACAUCACGAUUAUACCAAGAGCAUGUUAGCAGCCGCUCAUGUCCUCGCUAUGGAUGCCAAGAAUCUCCUUGAUGUGGUCGACUGUAUCCGCGAACGGUAUCCGAACGUCGACUGGCGGACAGCGCUACGAGAGGCCGAUGACUCUCCGCCCGUUGCUACCACCUCGCCGAACCACACACCCACACCCGAGUGCCAAAGUCUCACCCAGAUCCCAGACGAAGACCCGAAACCGGACUUCAAGAUAAACCAGCCCGUGAGUGUUGUCACCUCCACUAUCGAACAUCCUCAGCACACCAGCCUGCCCGUCACCUCCAACAGGGUGUCAUCUCUCAUUCACAACUAUAACCUUUACGGUAACGUGCGCGAGCCCCACAUUUACGGCAAUUCACACUCCGAAGACUCCUCACACACGGCGCCUAUAGAGUCCGUCAAGAGUCGAGUCCAAGCCAUCUCUGGUAAGAUCGACGCGCCGCCGAUCUACUCUAUCAGCAAGAAGAUGAUUCCCAUCGACUCUAACGUAGCGAGCGAGCAGGGAUGAGUUGCUUGUAGUCCGGCAAUGGAACGCUUUCUUUAUUUCAAGUAUCGCAACGCCGCUUAAGUAGUACAAGCUUUAAAGACAAUCCACAUGUUGCUCAACAUUAGUAGGUGUAAACUUAAAACUACCCUCAUUUAUGUGAAUUUUAAUUAGUGUUGCUGUAAUUUUUUUUCAUUGCACUCGCAUUAAUGAAACUAUAGAAACAAGGAUGCUUUUUAUUGUAUGCACUGAUUUUAUUUGCUAUUAUUGUUAAUAUGUGAUUAUUAUUACAAAAUAUUUUCCUUCAAAUAAUAUUUAAUGAAACAUAUUAACCGAUCAUUUUAAACAAAUUUCAAACAUAUCAUCGGCAUUGUUGCGCUUCAAAGUUUAUAACACUGUUGCUUGGUGUCAGAUAUUACGAACAUAUCUAUAAUUAUUGUUUCACAUACAUAUGUUGUCUUUAUAUGUUAAUUGUAUUCAUUCCAUUCAUCGUCUUCAUUAUGGGUGUAAAAUUUUAAAUUGUAUUGAAUUAUUUAGUGUGUUUAUUGUACACCUAUUGGUUAAAAUGGAAAUUUAUAUAAAUCAAGUUUAUUCAUUACAACACUUAUAAAAUAUACCUACAGACACAUUAAUUAGAUAUCCAUAUUAAUAGUUUAAUAAAAACUGGUCGUAUUUCGAGAAAUUUACUUCUUUCUACCUCAACCAAAUAUGUAUUAAAGAAGACGGCUUUGCUAUGGUCGCCUCUAAAGGUCCCAUAUGUAUUGUUUUACAUAAACGCCACUAGGUGUCUUCACUGGCUCGAAAGCAUGAUUUAAGAAAAUGUUUGAUUUUGGGUUUCCGAUAAUACUAUAGAGUUAUGUUACCCAUAACUAUGUUUUAUAUUAUUUUGAUAUUAAUCUAUUUAACUAUCAGAAGACGAGUCCAUUGAUUAAAUCAACUAACCAAACCACUAUUGUACAAUUCUAUGCUAAAUAUUGCUCUCUUGACACACCCCUAAUUGAAUUUUAAAGACUGGCUAUCCAUUUUGCCAAUUCUUUUAUUGACAAUGACACCUGUCAGCAUGCUGGCAUGUCAUGUCAAUUACUUCCAUACACACAAUAACUGUGUUAUACAGUCUGUAUACCACUUUUUGAUAUCGAAGUAUUAUUUUGAAUGGCGAUUGUAUUAACGCUAGGACUUAAAUUGUACAUUUUAUAUAAUUUAAGAUAAUUUUGUCACAACAGAGCAUUUAGUGCGGCCCGGCCGGCUCAAACUGGGGCGAAACUCGAGACUUACUUUACGAUUGACGCAAAAGUUCCACGGGUUGUGUCAAGUAAAAUAAAUAUUAUAUUAUGGGCAAGCAAUUUUAUCAAAAAUAUACUAUAUAUACAGAGUAAUUGGUGGUUUAUUUUUCAACUACAUUUUGCAUAUAAAGCAUUGAAUGUUAAAUGAGUAAAUUGAAUUUAGAACUUUACUUCAGAUUGUCUAUGCCUCUAAUGGAGUCAAUUUCAACAUCCGUAAAUUGUUAAACUCUGAUUUUGUGACAGUAGGUAAUUUUCAAACUUGACGCAAAUCGCCCCAGUUUGAAUGGAGCUGUUCACUGUAUGAAUAACUUAGAUUAAGGAUUGGUCUCCGCUGCGCUCCAACUAGAUACCGCACUACCUAAGAACAAUAGCUUUCUUAAUACAGCAACUGUUAGAUGCUUGUGUGCGUGGCGUCUUGAAACUCAAUGGCAUCUUUCAAAUUUUGUAACAUACGCUUCGUGUUAUUUUACAUUGAAAUUAAUGAAAUACAAAAUACUUACUAAUGAUAUGUGAUCCCAGUGUCUUUCUUAUUUCUUGUAGUAUUAUUUUUACAAAGUUUUACGACGAAACUCGACAUUUUAGUUUCAAUUAUUAGCAAAGUUUAACCGAACAUGUGGCACGUCAACGUCACACAUUCAAGACUGGCUCCUGGGCAUAGUAUUAGUUGCCGCUCUUUGCGACUACGCCUGCGGUAUCUAGUUGGAGCGCAGCCGAGGUCAAUCCUUAAUCUAAGAUGAAUAAUUUACUUUGUAAAAAUUAUGUACAAAUAUUAACAAAUGUCCAUUAUUACUUUAAUUAUUAUCCAAAGUUUUAUUGUAAGUUAAGAUCUCAUAAGAGUUUGUAUCGCGUGUAAGUUUUGUAAUUAUUUUUGCAGAUUUUUAUUUAUUGACGGAUAUUCGGAUAUUAUGUUCGUAAGCUGUGUUUAGUUGUAACAGGAUGUCAUUCCAAAGUACGAUAUUAUAGAAUAUAUAGACAGUAAUGUAGCACGUCUUGUAUCUAAACAUAGUCUGCAAUAGUGACUGUUCUGUCGAGAUUGGUUCAUACCACUGUAUCAUGUGACCUAGAUUUUGUUUACGCAAUAACUAAAUAAACAUGAAACCGUAAAAGAA